CAGCGAGGGACCGGAAACUUCGGCAGAAAGUUUUGAGUUUGCGGGACAAGAUGUCGGCCCCAGCAAAUGUCUCCGCUAUGAAGAAAGUGGUUCACCAGUUGCGGCUGGAAGCCAGUCACAAUCGCGUUAAGGUUUCUCAGGCUGCAGCGGAUUUAAAGCAGUUCUGCUUACAGAAUGCUCAGCAUGAUCCACUUCUAACUGGAGUCUCGUCAAGUACAAAUCCAUUCCGACCCCAAAAAGUCUGCUCAUUCUUGUAAAUGCCUUCAUUUUAUUUUUCUUGACCUUUAACUUUCAUUACUGGAGUCUGCUGGAUUACAGAAGCCCAUCAGAAGGAGUGGACUGGUUUGAGCCUGUACAAAGUUUAGCCUUGUGAUGUGCCAAGUUUUAUUUUUUACUGUAACCUCACAUCUUCAAACCUUUUAACAUCUACCUCUCCAUUGUGAGAUGAGAGCAGUAAUGUGCAUUUCUGUUAAUAUUCUAAGACCAUUCUUUUUAUACACUGGUAACUAACAAUAAAUGUAUAUCAUUUUACAUUUGUGUAGUACAAUAUUUUUUAAAGCUGAACAAUGGUUUUAUCCUUUCUUUAAGGAACACCUGAAAGAUGUAAAGAAGCAUAUUAAAUACAUUUUCACUACAGUAUUCUAGUGUUUUCUUUAAGUUAAAUAAAUUGGGAUUGUAUUCUUUUUAAAGAUAAAGCAAAUGAUUUAUGUAUGACUUAGAUUAUUAAUGGGAUAUUCACUUGUAGUAUGGCAGACUAAUAUUCUCAGUUUAUAGUUGACCUUUAAUUUCGGUGGGUUUGAAUUCUUCAGUUAUCUGUCUGCUCGACUUUCUAUUAUAUACUAAGUUAACAUGAACUACCCCUUUGUGGUAUUUUGUAGACGGCUCACGAAAAACACCCUAUUUGUGUGAACUGUUUCUCUAUACAGCCUGUGUACUACUGAAUAUACAGGUUAUACCAGCUGA